AUGCCCACUAACGGGACAAACUGUCCACUGAAGCUGCAGUUUGGUCUGAUCAAUCAUGAGAGUUGCUACCUCACCGCAGAGGCCUUUGGCUUCAAGGUGAAUGCAUCGGCCCCCAGUCUGAAGAGGAAGCAGGUGUGGACGUUAGAGCAGGACUCCCAGGUCCCCCAGGUGGUUUACUUCCGCAGCCAUCGGGGCCGAUACCUGGCCUCCGACAAGGAUGGCAAGGUCACCUGCGAGGCCGAGGUCCAGAACACAGACUGCCGCUUCCUGAUUGUUGCCCAAUCAGACGGCCGCUGGGCACUGCAGUCUGAACCCUAUCUGAGGUUCUUUGGAGGCUCCUGGGACAACCUGUCCUGCUUCACCCAGGUGAUCACAGAGGCGGAGCUGUGGGCAGUACACCUGGCGCUCCACCCGCAGGCCAACCUGCUCAGUAUGGCCCGCAAGCGCUACGCCCACCUGUCACCCCGCAACGGCGAGAUCACCGUGGACCGGAAAAUUCCGUGGGGCGUGGCAGCGCUCUUGACGCUAGUCUACCUGGAUGGGAAGUACCGGCUCAAGACCUGUGACAGCCGUUACCUAGUCAACGAUGGGAAGCUGUCAGCGGAGAGCGGUAGGGGCACAGGGUACACACUGGAGCUGAAGUGUGGGAAGCUGGCAUUUAAGGACUGUGAGGGGAAGUACCUGAGUCCCAUGGGCCCCACGGGGACACUGAGGUCUGGCAGGUGCAGCAAGCCGGGGAAGGACGAGCUGUUUGACCUGGAGGAGAGCCACCCUCAGGUGGUGCUGAUGGCAGCCAACAGUAAAUAUGUGUCUAUACGGCAAGGAGUGAGCAUCUCGGCCAAUCAGGAGGACGAGACGGACCUGGAGACGUUCCAGAUGGAGAUAGACAAGGAGAGCAGGAAGUGUCUGUUCCGGACUAAUGAGGGGAAAUACUGGGCCCUUGUGGCCCAUGGAGGCAUCCAGACUACAGCCACGGAGAGGUCUGCCAACACAAUGUUUGCAGUGGAGUGGAUGGGCCGCAGGGUGGCACUACAAGCCAGUAACGGGAAAUACAUCUGCGCCAAGAAGAACGGCCAACUAGCAGCCGUCAGCGACACCGUAGGUGAGGAUGAGAAGUUGGUUCUGAAGCUGAUAAACCGCCCCAUGCUGAUCCUGCGAGGGGAGAAUGGCUUCAUCUGCCACCAUAAGAACUCCAACAUGCUGGAUGCCAACAGAUCAGUCUAUGACAUCUUCACACUGCACUUCAGUGACGGGGCCUACCACAUCAAAGGUGAGGGAGGGAGGUUCUGGUAUGUGAACAGCAGUGGUCUGGUGUGUUCAGACGGAGAGACACCAGAUGACUUCUCUUUUGAGUUCCUGGAGCACGGACGCAUCUCCAUCCGAGACAAGAACGGCAGAUACCUGCGAGGCCAGGGGGGAACGCUGAAGGGAGAUGGGGCUACCCCGGACAGCUCUGCCCUCUGGGAGUACUGA